CAGCCAACUCAUAAUAUUCACUUCCAACAUUCUUGAAGAAAUGGCUCAAUUUACUCUCUUCUCUCAUAAAGGAGGUCCAAAUCCUUGGAAAGUAGUUAUCGCUUUAAAAGAAUUAAAUCUUUCUUACGAACCCGUCUUCUUUGAUUUUGAAAAAAAUGAGCAAAAGAACGAACAACACCUUUUUUACAAUCCCAAUGGUAGAGUUCCUACAUUAAUUGAUCAUCAAAACAAUGAUUAUGCAAUCUGGGAGUCCGAUGCUAUUUUGGCAUACUUGGCAGACAGGUACGACAAGGAAAGAAAGAUUUCUUUACCUCAUGAUCAUCCAGAGUACCAUCAUCUGCUUCAGUACCUUUUUUUUCAAUCUUCAGGUCAGGGUGUCAUUUGGGGACAAGCAGGCUGGUUUAACUUAUUUCAUCCAGAACCUGUUGCGUCGGCCGUUAUUAGAUACAGAAACGAAACAAAGCGUGUGCUCGGUGUUUUAGAAAGAAUUCUCCAAAACAAAGACUAUCUGGUCGCUGACAAGUACACAAUCGCCGACGUGGCUUUUAUUAACUGGAACAGUAUGCUACCUUCGCUUUUUGGAAAAGGAAGGCAUGAAUUCAAAGAAGAUCUUCCACAAUUGGAUUUCGAAAAGGAGUUUCCCAAGACCUAUGCUUGGCAUAAACGUCUUACUGAGCGUCCCGCCGUCGCUGCGACCAUAGCGGAACGACAACAAGCUCUACAACAAUAGAUUGGUUGAAAAGCACUUUUUAUUUCUAAGUAUUAAUUAAAACGCGCAAUUUUUCUUAAGUGAACGAAAAAAUUUACGGAAACAUUGCGUUUUGUGAUGACUUUUACGGCAUUCAGUAUUAUGAAUGAGGUUCAUUUGAAUCAAUUGGUAGUUACCUAUUUUAAUAAUAUCCCAAUUCUCUGUAUUUUCUUCAUAUA